AACACGAGUAGGAAACCCUAUCAGUCCCUCUUUCCUUUUGCUGUCCGCAAGCAAGAUGCCAGGCGUCACAGUAAAAGACGUGAACCAGCAGGAAUUCGUCCGCGCACUGGCGGCCUUUCUUAAAAAGUCAGGAAAGGUGAAGGUGCCUGACUGGGUGGACAUUGUGAAGCUGGCCAGGUUCAAGGAGCUGGCUCCCUUCGAUGACAACUGGUUCUACAUCAGAGCUGCCUCCACAGCACGUCACUUGUACCUGCGUGGCGGCGUUGGUGUGGGUUCCAUGACCAAGAUCUACGGUGGUCGCAAGAGGAACGGCGUGUGCCCAUCCCACUUCAGCCGCGGCUCCAAGAACGUGGCCCGCAAGGUGCUGCAGUCCCUCGAGUCCCUCAAGAUGGUGGAGAAGGACCCCAACGGUGGCCGUAGACUGACCUCCCAGGGCACCAGAGACCUGGACCGCAUUGCUGGCCAGGUGAGGUCGUUUGAUGGUCUCGGCGCUAAACAAGAAGCAGCAGCAGCAGCAGCAGUUGCAGCCGUUGCAGCCGUUGUAGAAGUAAAAUAAAUGACCUUUUUGAGAAACUUGA